AAAAACAAAACAUUCUGUGACAGCAGAAGUCUUCUGUCAGUUAAUAAAUAGAAAUAAUAAUAAAGUGACAAAAAUUAGAAAAAAGAAAAACUUUAAUAAACAACUAAAAACUAUGUUAGAAAAUGAAGCAGAACAUUUAAAAACUCAACUAACUGUAGCACGCAAUGAAAUUAAUAAAUUGCGACAGCAAGUACGAAGUUUGCAGCAUAAACAGCGCAAGGAUAUCGAUAGUAUAGACCGUUUGUUAAAAAACUAUCGUUGUGAAGGUUGUCGUCAAUUGGAAAACAAUCAUAAUCAAAAUGAUGCAAAUAUCUGUAGCCCAACAGCCACCACGACCUUGACCAUCAGCAACAACUCAGCCGACACAACAGAUGUAAUAUCAAUGACACCACAAACGACAACAACAACAACAUCAUUAGCGGUGGAGAAGAAGUCCCAUAAGGAUACUUUUCGUCCCAUUGGCAUUAUACGUACAUGUUUCCCUGAAAAGCGUGCAGUACCCCGACAAUCAAGUGUAGGCGGACGUUUGCGUGGUGUUAUUGAAUUAAAUUGUGAUUUAUUUACGAAUCCCGAACAUGCUCUUGAAGGUCUGGAUGAGUAUUCACACAUGUGGGUGAUAUAUCAUUUCCAUAAGAAUACAUCGCAUCCAAAGGCAAAGGUAGCACCACCUCGUUUGGGUGGAGAACGUGUAGGUGUGUUUGCAACACGUUCACCUCAUCGCCCGUGUCCAAUUGGUUUGUCAUUGGUGGAGAUAGAAAGAAUUGAAUCGUCAUUUAUUAGUUUUUAUGGCACAGAUAUGGUGGAUGGUACACCAGUUUUAGAUAUUAAACCAUACAUACCAUUUUAUGAUUCACCCAUAACCAUGGAAACAGGUAAGAAUAUUAACAGACUAAAUGUAUGCAUGUAUGUGAUUGUGUAUGUUUUAAAGAACUUUAAGCUGUAA